UCUCCCUAGCUGACAGCAGCCGACAGCAGCAGCAGGUCGCACUAAACCAGACUGACCUUCUUCCUCGCGGCCUCGUCGUCCUGGAGACCAGACGAGGAGGACCUUGAAUGUGUUUCAUGUGAUUCUCUGCGUGUGUUUUAUUGUACACAGACACACAGCCAUGCCCACAACGCCGGACGUGCCCUCGCUGCAGGAGCUGAGCGUGGACGAGGUCAAUGUGUCCUCAGCAGUACUGAAGGCUGCUGCCCACCAUUAUGGCUCCCAGUGUGACAAACCCAACAAGGAGUUCAUGCUCUGCCGCUGGGAGGAGAAGGACCCCAGAAAGUGUCUAGAAGAAGGGAGGAAAGUCAACGAGUGUGCCCUCAACUUCUUCAGGCAAAUCAAGGGAAAUUGUGCCGAGUCCUUCACGGAGUACUGGACCUGUCUGGAUUAUUCAAACCUGUUGGAACUGCGCCAGUGCCGUAAGCAGCAGCAAGCCUUCGACAGCUGCGUCCUUGAUAAGCUGGGGUGGCAGAGACCCGAUCUGGGAGACCUGUCUAAGGUGACCAAAGUGGCGACCGAGCGGGCCCUCCCUGAGAACCCCUACCAUUCUAGACCACGUCCCGAGGCCAACCCAGCCAUCGAGGGUAAACUGGAGCCUUCCAAACAUGGCAGCAGGUUAUUCUUCUGGAGCUGGUGAGGCAGCUCCAGAAAGUCUGUCAUCUUCCAAAAGCCAUGUGCUCUGUCCAAAAACAUCUAGCUGGUUUUGACACCUUUCAACUGUGUAAGGACUGUGAGUUUGUUUUUGGACAGGGCACAUGCUCUAACAGUCUCUUCAUCAGCGGUACCUCCAGUGUCGUCAAACAGUUUGAUAAAAGGAAGGGAAGGAUGAUUGUGUGAACAAAUCCAUGAAUCCAUACAGCUUUCCUGACCUUUUCUGUAAAUGUAAUGAGUGAACAAAUGCAACAUGCUGUUAUUGUUGUCAAAUAAUAAAAAAUAUAAAUUAUAA